UUUAUUAAUUAUAUUUAGUCACAAAAGCAUAAAACCAUAAAAUGGAAGCAUCAUAUGAGAAAAACCCAGUUGUUCUUGAGAAAGAAGGACUUGCUGUCGAGUGUAAGUGGGCCAGAGGUGAAGGAAUCACAAAAGAGUGUCCCCAUAUAUAUGAAAAGAGAGAGAAGAAGUUGAUCUGUGAUGAUGUUACCGACAUUGUUGGAAACACUCCAAUGGUCAGAAUCAACAGUAUUACCCAAUCAGAAGGAAUCAAAUGUGAAAUAGUUGCAAAAUGCGAAUUCUUGAACCCAGGAGGUUCAGUUAAAGACAGGAUUGGUAGAAGAAUGCUACUCGAUGCUGAGAAAAGUGGUAAAAUUAAGAAAGGAGAUAUCCUAGUUGAGCCAACGAGCGGAAACACAGGUAUUGGUUUAUCCAUGUGUGCUGCUGCCAGAGGAUACAAAAUGAUCAUUACAAUGCCAGAGAAGAUGUCUGCUGAGAAAGAGAAUACCUUGAGAGGACUUGGAGCUGAGGUUGUCAGAACUCCAACUGAGUUGCCAACAGAGCAUAUUGACUCUCACAUGGGACUUGCUUACAAGUUUACACAGGAUCUUGAGAAUUGCCACAUGCUUGACCAAUAUUCAAACCCAUCAAACCCAAUGUCUCACUACGACGGCACUGCACAAGAGAUCUGGGAUCAAUGUGAAGGCAAGAUUGAUACUAUCGUCCUUGGCGUCGGUACUGGAGGAACUGUCACAGGAAUUGCUAGAUUCUUCAAAGACAAGAACCCAGAUAUCAAAAUUGUUGGAGUUGACCCUCAUGGAUCAAUCCUCGCAGAGCCAGCCGAGCUUAAUACUCAUGAAGGUUCCUACCUCGUUGAAGGAGUUGGAUAUGAUUUCAUCCCAAGAGUACUUGAUAGAUGCCCAAUUGAUAAGUGGUAUAAAAACAACGACAAGGACUCAUUCCAUUAUGCUAGAAGAUUAAUGAAAGAAGAAGGACUCAUGGUUGGAGGAUCAUGCGGAGGAGUCAUGUGGGCUGCCAUCGAAGAAGCCAAAAACAUGGCUGAGGGACAAAGAAUGGUAGUCAUCUUACAUGAUUCCAUUAGAAACUACAUGACUAAGCACUUGUCAGAUGACUGGAUGUAUCUUAACGGGUUCAUUGAGGAAAAGAAUGUGGUUGAAAAUUACACUCCAAAGCUAUGUCCAAACAGAGCUUGGGGACAAGAAUUCACAGUUGCAGACUUAUCAUUGGCCAAAUCUUCUACCAUUUCACAUACCUCAACCAUCGGAGAUGCUAUCCAAGCAUUGGGAGACAGCGAGCAGAUCUUAGUACUAGGAGAAAAUGGAGAAGUAGAAGGAAUCUUCACAUCUGACAUGGCAAUGGACAGAAUUUAUAAAGGAAAGAUUACUAAGAGUGAUUCAGUGACCAAAUCUGUGACCAAGAUCUACAGAAAGACAUCAGAAGAUAUCCCACUCUCUGAGUUAGCAAGAAUUUUCACCUUGACAAAUUACGUUGUUGUAAACGGAGAGUCUCUUGUAACUCACAAGGACCUCUUGAAGUUCUUUGCUGAGAAGUCAUAAAGCGCAUAUUGAUUAUUAUAUCAAAAAUCAUCAUA